AUGCCGCCACGCGGCUUCACCAAUCCAGCUCCAAAAACAGAAUCUGCCCGCUCAGCCCUAACUUCCUUCACCUGUACCCUUUGUAGUAAAUCCUACUCCCGCCACCCAGAAUACGAAGCACACAUCGGCUCUUACGACCACCAGCACCGCAAGCGGCUGCGCGACCUCAAACAACUAUCCAGGGACCCACAGGCAGCGGAGAGAGCGCGCAGAGAUGAAAGGAAAAGAGACGAGGAAGCGGGGAUUGUGAGGGUUGAAAGUGAGAAGGUGCAUGAGGGGGGGAAGCCAGAGGUGAAAGGGCCUGGAGGGGGAGGGGGAGGUUUUAAGAAGGGCGGGUUUAAGAGUUCGUUUACGGCUGUGGGGACAGGAGGGAGUGCGGCUGUUGGGGUUGGCAAGGUUAAGAAGAAUCCACUUGGGGAGGAUGAGGAUGAGGAUGAGGGAGGAGGCGCGGGAGGUGAAGAGGGAAAGCGUACUGCGCCUGGUGGUUUAUUGGUGAGGAAGGGGAAUUUAGCAGACGCAGAGAGUGAGACGGACGAUGAGGAUGGCAGUGGGUAUUACGAUCCCAGGAAACCGACGGGGUGUUUUGAGGGUUGUGGGGGUGUCGGGAUGACCCAGGCUGUAUGA